CGUGUGCCCGGUCGUCCACAUGCCGAAAUACGGAGUUGGACCCGUCCGGUCCUCCGUGGCUCCGAACCCAAAAUGAGCCGAAGGUGAGGGCGCCAUGAACGAGCGGUACCACCGGGCGGCCCGGGACGGCUUCCUGGAUGUGCUGAAGGAGGCCACGCGGAAGGAGCUGAACGCGACGGACGAGGACGGGAUGACGCCGACACUGUGGGCCGCUUACCACGGCAACCUGGAGGCGCUGCGCCUGGUGGUGGGACGAGGAGGUGACCCAGAUAAGUGUGACUUCUGGGGGAACACGCCACUCCACCUGGCAGCUGCCAACGGCCACCACAACUGCCUGUCCUUCCUGGUGGCCUUCGGUGCCAACGUGUGGUGUUUGGACAACGACUACCACACACCGCUAGACAUGGCUGCCACCAAAGGCCACAUGGACUGUGUUCGAUACCUGGACUCCAUUGCUGCCAAGCAGAUCGCCCUCGACCCGAAACUGGUCAGCAAAAUGAAGGACCGGGCGUUCUGUGCAGCAGAACGGCGCAUCAAGGAGUGUGCAAAGCUACAACAGAAGCACCGUGAACGUAUGGAGAAAAAGUUCCUGAAGGAAGCGGCAGCGAUGGACAACUUGGAUGCUAUUAGCUUGUCAAGCUACACAAGCAGCAGCACACUGAGCCGCAAAUUCAACACGGUCACCUCCAACAUGCCGUACUCACAGGCCACCCUACAUUCCACAGCGAAGGGCAAGACAAAGAUACAGAAGAAACUAGAGAAGAAAAAGCAGGUUGAUGGAACGUUCAAGAUCUACGAGGAUGGGAGAAAGAGUGUGCGCUCCCUCUCCGGCCUGCAGCUCGGCAAUGACGUCAUGUUCCUCAAACAGGGCACCUACGCCAAUCCUAAAGAGCGGUCACGCCUCAACAUCCAGGACAUGUUCCUGCAUGACAAUGACGAUGCUGACACCAUCUCUCGUGCCAUCAGUGACCCAGGCCUCCAUGAGGCUGCGUAUUCUGAGAUCAGUGCUGACUCUGGUCGGGAUUCUCUCUUUAUGCGACCUGGGCUUGGAACAAUGGUAUUCAGGAGGAACUAUGUGAGCGGAGGUAUGUUUGGUAUUGGAGCAAGAGAUGAAGGCAGUGUAGCAGGUAGCGAACCUGUAGGCCGAGUUCCGAAUGUGCGUCUACAUGGCCGCCUCCCUCAGCGCUCACCCAGUCUGGAUGAGGACAGUAUCGGCAGUGCAUUAAGUCUACAAGACAGAAACCUGCAGGAGCUGCCCUGGGAGGACAUGGAAGUUGAGUUGGAUGAAGACUUGGAGCCUCAGAACAACCCCCUGGAGACCUUCCUGGCAUCUCAAAGCCUCAGUGAAUUCAUGGCCAUCUUCAACCGAGAGAAAAUAGACCUGGAGGCACUGUUGCUUUGUUCAGAUCAAGAUCUCACCAGCAUUCACAUCCCUUUGGGCCCUAGAAAGAAACUUCUGGAUGCCUGCAAGAGACGUCUAGACACUUUAGAGGAACCAGAAGCCAUUGAAGAUACUGUGCUUUGAAGGUCACUGGAGUAACUUGACAAAGGUUUUUUUUUUUCUUUUUUUAAAGGGAAGCACUGUGCGCUGUUCCAAUGGAAUAAACAUUUGUUGUCAUACAUAAGCUGUCUUUGCCUGUGUCAGAGUAGCCUUUGGACAAUAGCUUGACCAAGUGGUUGGCAUCCAAGAUCUAAAGUGGUUUGGACUUCAAAAACACUUCGCAUAAUGGCAGCGCACAGUAUGAAGAUGUGCAUGAAGGACAGUAAUUCUGGUCCUAUGAUGACGUAGCCGCUACCAAUUUGUGAGCUUUCUCAUGGAACUCUAGUUACUGUUGACCCCAUGUUUCACGCUCAGCAAGUUGCCAGUAUAUUAUCCACAUGUAGCUGAAUCUAAAUAUGACCAACGACAUUCCUGACACACGCCGUCCUGAGUGAAACUGUCAUUACUCAGUGUUUGAGGAGGGACUGUCACACCACCCAUCAGACUGACAUCGUGAUUCAGGUCAAUCUCUUCCUGAUAGCUGAUACCCGAAAGGCAUGAAAUGCGUCUGUCGUCUCCUCUUCACAGUGGAGUCGGAGCUGAUGCCGACCUGUAGCUAAUCUGCAAAAAGAUCCUGUUCACUGUUUAUAUCUCUAUGCCCAGUUUUACUGAGCCUUUGUAGUAGUAUUGAGUCUCAAUUUUUUGACAAUCCUACUAUGUAAUAGAUGAUCAACAUUGUAUUUUACAGUAUUUGUACAAGAAUUCACCAGAAAUAUAAAUCUGCACACAGUGCUCUGUUGGUGUAUUGAUGUGGCAGAACAACAGCUUUCCCCAACACCGACGUCCUUCCUCUGGGUCCGGCUGACUUUGAGAGCCAAUUGAAAAUCACGAUAACGUUUGAGCUAAUAACUCAGUGCAUACUGAGUGCAAAUGUUUGCAUCACCUUACUUUGAAAUGGCAAAAAGAGUAAAAUAAAGACUUGUUUGUGUCAUGUGUGUAAUGCCCCAUUAGCUCGUACAAAAGUUCCUUCAUCAUUGGAAAUAAUAAAAAUGGUCAAUGAAUGUGUAAAAAGAAAAUUAUCAUGAAAUAAUUCAAAUGAUAUCGAUCCAUAACUUUAUAUUAAUACUUUGUAAGUCCUU